UCAUGUAGGGAUUUUUACUUUCGAUUUCAGUUGUAGGAAAAUUAAGAAGGAUUUCUCCCUCUAUUCAAUAAUAAGUGUACCAGUAGUUCAGUACAGCAAGGGCCUCAAUUGUUAUUAUAAACCAUUCCUGUAGGUAUCAACCUUUUCCCAGAACAGGAAGUCAAAGAAAAGCGAGUUGCCAAUUGAAAAGAUACAAGAUAAGAACACAAAGGGAGCAAAAUCAAACGAAAAAGUAGACAAAAAGGGAUCUUUUUUGAAACAGCAUAUUGGUAGCAUAGAGAAGCCUAGCAGUUCAUCAAAUAAGGUUGAAGGUCGUACAAGAUUGAAAAGAAAGGUGUCAGGAGCAGGCAUGUUUGGUUUUUCCUGGACCCGAGGUGCGCAGAGGGAUACUGAGGAUUACAGAAAUGGCUAUCCUGGAAAGUCAGACAACCAACAAAUGAACUUGAACUUCAAGUUUUACACUAACAAACUUCCUUCGACUCCUGAUGGUGACUAUAUUGACAACAUCCAUAAUGAGUGGUGGGGUGACUAUCGUAGACUGGAAAUCCAUCAUGGAUACAUACAAUGGUUAUUUCCCAUACGAGAACAAGGACUUAACUGGGAUGCUCAGGAACUACAACUCCAUGAGGCAGAAAAACUGAGGAAAUCAUCAAAAGCAAUGAAGCGGAUCCUGACGUCAUACAAGAUGAUGCUGGAUUUCUAUGGGAUGAAGCUCACCAAUGAGGAAGAUGGAACCAUAGAAAGGGCAGAGAACUGGAAAGAAAGAUUUCAACAUUUAAAUAGGUCCUAUCACAACUACCUACGAAUCACACGAAUCUUGAAGUGUCUCGGCGAAUUUGACUUAGAACACCUGAAAGCCAACUUUGUCAAGUUUGUUCUGUAUGAAGGAAUGGUUGAAGGAACGCUUUCCAAUCUCAUAGACAGCUGCGUUAAAUACUGGAUAGGUGUACUUAAAAUUGAUGAAGACAGAGACGGAAUGUUUGAUUAUUAUGAGAAACUGUUAGAAGAAGAAUGUGAAAGAGAAAAACCUAAAAAGAAACCAACACUUGAAGUGGAUGUUCCUGCUAAAGAAAAGGGACAGAAAGGGAAAAAAACUAGUCCUCAUGAUGGAAGAGCUAAGGUUUAUAAAAAUGAGUUCUCUGAUGAAGAAACUUAUACUCUUGAAUAUGCCAUAAAUUUGAUUGAUAGUGAUACUGAAGAAAAUGAAGAAAAGGGAAAGAAGAAGGCUACUGGAGGAAAGAGUCACAAGGAUCAUGAAGUGUCAGAUUCAAAUGAAGAGUUAGUAACUGCUGAUAAAGAUAGUCAAGAAAUGAGGUAUUGGGACAGUGCAGAAACUAAUGUGGAACAUGGAAGUGAUGAGAUAAAGGAUGAUGAAGUAGUUGGAGAUGAAAAUGUGACAACUCCUGAACUAGAAAAAAAAGGAGAGGAGUCUGAAACCAAAGGAAAUCCAGGUAGUGUAAAUGAUGAACCGUUCGAAUUGAAUGGUAGCAAUGGAAAUGUUGCAGAAGAUAAAGGCAAGGACAGAAUAUCUAUAGAUGAAGAAAAGUUGGGCCAACCAAAAACAGAUAAAAAUGACAAUAGUGGAGAUGAUAAACAGUGUGAGUGUGACAAUGUUAAAAAUGAGACUUCACUUGUUGAAAAUGAAGCCAUUGAUUCAGUACUAAGUAAGAGUGAUGGGACAGUUGGUGAAGCUACUUAUACAAGUAAGUUGAACGAAGAGAAAAUGGAAGCUGAAGAUAUUUCAACUGGGAAUCAAGAACAUAGCACAGCUGAUUUGAGUGAUGGAAUGAAACCAGUCAAUACAGCAAUUUGUGAUGAAAAUAACGAAACCGAAGCUAUGGAAACUGAUAGUUAACAUGGAUAGAGUUGAAGUAUAAUUUUUUGAUAUUUAACAAGUGCUUGUUUGUUAUAGGACAUUGACAAAAUGCAUUGAUUUCAACUAACAACUAGUGUUGCUUGUUUUUGUUAAUUUUUAUGUCUGAACUUAUAGUUGUUUAAGACAAAUUAUUAUGUGCUAUUAUCAUUUUCUACAAAAAAAUAUUUUUAUGAACAUGUACCUAACAUUGUGUUGAUGUAAUCUGCUGGAAACUAUUUUGUUAACUUCAUAAAUCAACAUCAAAAGAUAUGAAAAUAGUAUUUUUUAGUAUUAAAUUAUUAGUCUCUG